CUUGCAGAGAGCCUGACCAGGAAUUCAAAAAACCAAACGGCACAAAAUCUAGAGAAAAGAAAAAGGAAGGAAAAAAGAAAAUUUUCCCGAGAAAAAAAAAUGCAAAGAUCGAAAUCGAAGGCGAAACCGACACGGAAGCCGCUGAGAGAUUUAUCAAACAAUAAUAGCACAAAGAAUUUUUUCUCCAAAUCAGAGAUUCCGAAGAAGAAAUUGAUCGACAAAGAUGAUAAUAAUCAUCGAAACCACGCUUCCCUCGAUCGCCUUCUUCUCCUUCAAUCCGAUCUUUCUUCUCUCCUUCGCCAGAUUGAUGAACUUGUUGCGCAAGCUUUUAAGCUUAAGGCAACAAAACUGGAGACAAAUGAAAUUGAAUCUUUCGCCAAUGUCAUCUCCGGAAUGCUUUCUUCUUUAAAGCCAUGGGUUCCCAGAUUUAAGAAGGCUCUUUCGAGUCCUUCGGGUGUCGAAUGCGAAGAUAAGUCCGGAGAAUGUUUGGGAACUGAAGUUGUUCCUUUUGUUAAUGUUAAUGUAAACGAAAAUGAAUGCUUUGAUGUUGGGAAUCCGGAAGAAGAAUCUACAUUGGACUCGUUAAUCUCGCCUUCUCCACUCGUGUCUUGGCGUGCUGCUGCCGAAUGUAAUGUCGAGAGAGGCAGGCAGCUGUUUUUGCUUACGCCUCUUCCGAUGUCGAAAGCAUUGUCUUCCAAGAUGCGUGAUUCGUCUAAAUCGGUAUUCCAAAGCGUUACUUCGAAAUCGAUGGUUGAGUUACCUUUUAUCAACUUUCAUGAGGAUGAAAAUGAUGAUUUGCUUGAAGGUGUUGCUAUAAACCAAACUCCAAUUAAGCCUUCUCAUUCAGUGGUUGUUUCUUCGGCUGCAUUUUCAAACACCGAACAUUCCAUGCUUGUAAUGACAACUCCAUGCUUAAAAAUGUCGCCGCCGAAAUCCUGCGUGUUACUUGAACCGAUUCACGAGUACUUGCUACGAGACAAUGUCAGAGUUCGCAAGUGUACCCCGUUUCCCCGCGGAAUCAACAAUGGUGAGUUUUCUGAUUCCUCGGGCAGUGAAGCUUCCGAGGACUUGACAUCGAAGUACCCCGAACUACUAGGCAUACAACGAACUCUCAAAUCCGAAUUUGAGAAGAAAGAGCUUGAUUCCUCACCGAUGUGGCUAUUCUCGCCUCCUAAAAGUUGCAUUUUGUUAGAACCAUCAGAUGAGAAAUCGCUGCACAAUGUUGCCACAGAUCACAACCUUCCUAGUGCAAUAAACCAACAAAACAAGAUGAUUAACCAAGAAAAUACCCGCAACAACACGGCACUCGUGGAAAACACUCCGAUGUGGAAUGAACAGGAGAGCACGAUACGAACAGGCAAACGUGCCGGUGAGAGUACGUUAAAGAAAGAGUUAUGGACGAAGUUCGAAGCAGUGUCGACAUUUGGGCUUCGUUAUAACGCAUCGGCGAUUCAAAGGACGGCCAGGAAAGGGUUUCUGGACAUGUUGGAUGAGGCCUCAUGUGAUGAUGAUUGAUGGUCGAAUUCCCAUAUACACUUUGAGAAGAUGAUAACAGUUUCCUUGUGUCAUCAAAAUGCUGUCAUUGUCUAUAUGUAAGUGGUGGUGUUUUGCUGAUUUUUUUUUCCUUAAAUCAUUGUUAUGUGUUAGCGUUUUUUUCUUUUUCUUCUUAUUCCUUUUUUCUUUUUGUUGAGAAUUUUACCAACUAAAUACCACCUAAAAUAUACAUAUCGUAUGUGCUGAUUUUUGUUCA